AUGAACAUCGGUUCAUUCGAGCAAUUAACAACCCCAAUCGGAUGUCUUCAGUUGAAGAAAUGUGGAUCAGUAUCGGCUUUAACAAACUUCGUCGUUUACGCACUGAUAUCAAGCUAUGCCGAAGACGAAGUCGAAGCGUUCUAUACGGACUUGAAGAUGUUCUGCAGAGAAGACCAUAUAUUCUUAAAUGUCAUUGCUAGAGAUUUCAAUGGUAAGAUUGGAGUCGGAAAGAAAUCUGAAGAAAGUCACAUGUGGACCCACGGAUUAAAAUGGAACUAG